ACAGUCGAGAACGCACGUGUUGUUUGCAGACAAGUAGGACAACCAUCAACUCGAUGUGUAGCAGAAUUUCGAUCCAUCCAAGAUAUUCCCGAGGAGUCUAAAUCCAUACAGCAUUGGAAUUAUCAUUGUCUUGGAAAUGAAACAGCUGUACAUAAAUGUCCUUAUCAUUUUGACAAAGAUAUUCCUUUAGGGAGCUGUGGCAAUCUGCCUCGUUUUGCAGUCAUUUGUGGAUCACAAUGUCCGACAUGGCGCUAUGGUAACGACUGCCUUCCAUGCUUUUGUAAUCAGAACAACACUGAGAAAUGCGAUAGUGAUACAGGAAAAUGCACGUGCAAAGCCGGGUUUUCUGGAGAAACAUGUGACUGUCUGACUGGAAAGCACACAUGUGAUUCCAAAACCUCCAUUUGUCAUUUGGACAAUGGAAAACCAAUAUGUCUUUGUAAAAAGGGGGUAUCAGCAACACCCCGGAAUAAAUGUAAAGAUUUUGGCCUGCGGUUUAUGGAUAGGUCCGCUGUGGAUAAAGGAGAGGUGGAGUUUUACAGUAAUGGGACCUGGAAUCCCUUGUGUCUAUGGUACUCUAAUCCUUCAGGGAAUAAUGUUUUCAGCGUACUCAACGUUAUCUGCAGACAGCUUGGACUACCAGUGGUACAUACCGGUUCAUAUUACUCCGCAUUUAUUCACAAAACUAAUCUGCCAGAUUACGAAAUAGCUGAGGCUUCAUGUGACGGUACAGAGACUUCUAUGAAAGACUGUAACAUAACCAUGGCGCCUGCAUUUAAGUGUAACCUAGCUGUAAAGCCUGUUGGGAUUCGAUGCUUUGGAG